CCCGGUACCGCAGCGGCAGUCCAGGAAGGGGCUGGCUAUGCUGUUUCUCUUGGCCUGAAUUUUUGGGGAUAGCGUUUUGCUGCGUCGUUGUCCGUGACAUUGCGUUUGGGAGAGCCGCCGGUGGACCACGAAGAUGGCGGAGAACGCUGUCAACACCGCGGUCAGUACAACGACAGUUACUAAAGUCAUGACAUCACCUUUAACUCCGGAAAAUAAAUCUCAAAGCAAUGGCCAUGCCUCACCAACUUACCAGAAAACCAACCCAGGCAGCCCUUCUAUGAAACAGAAUGACGCACUGACCCCACCCACUGUCACAGAAAAGAAAACUCAGACCAAUGGGCACGCUUCACCUUCACGCCAUUCGGCCAAUACCAACGCAUAUGCAGGUAAACAAUAUUUGGAGGGCUAUUUGAAGACAGAUGAUAGGAUGAGGCUUGCCAAAGAGAGACGUGAGGAGAGGGAGAAGAGUUUGGCUGCACGGGAGCAAGCUAUAAAGGACAAGGAGAAGCGAGCACAGCUGCAGUAUGAGAAGACGGUGGAAGAGCGAUGGAAGCGGCUGGACGAGCAGAGACAGAAGGAGGAGCUUCGCAGGGCAGCCGUGGAGGAGAAGAGAAGACAGCAGCUAGAAGAGGAGAAGGAGCGUCUGGAGGCUCUGAUGAGGAGAUCACAUGAGCGCAGCCUGCAGCUGGAGAACAGGAAUAAACGCUGGGUAUGGGGUCCCAACGGCACCGCUCAAGGUGACUGGGAGAAUGCCCCGCCUCCUCUCUCUGCUGCCCUCCCCCAUGACCUCGCUGCCCCCUCUCCUACUGCCAUCGAAUCAGGCAACGCCCGUCAUGAUCAUCUGAAUUCUAUGGACAAACAAAAAGUGAAUCGCCUCCUCACACACACACACUCCUCACUGGCUCGCUGUAACAGUGCUGCAGAGAUGCAUCUGUCCUGCCUGCGCUGCAAAGUGCCCCCCAGUCCUCACAGGUCACCUUACCGAGGGUCACCGAGCCGCCGCAGAAACAAUCCUGUGCCAGCAGAAGAGUCCAUUGGAGCUGUCAGUGCCCCCGACACCCCCAAGAAGGAGAGAUUGCGUAGAGAGAGGAGGACUGGCUCUCCGGUCACAGGUUCACCAGUGAGGCGAGCGAAAUCUCCUGCUGAUGUUACCCAGCGCUCUGCCUCACCUGCCACACCCAAGUUAGUGCCUAAGAAUCGUACUCAGUCACCAUGUACAGUGCGGCAGUAUCCACCCUCCCCUAUGAAACACAGACCCGCCACACCAGUCUGUGACAACAACAGGAAGACACAAGACAAAAAUGCUGAGGACAUCAAAAGUCAGGAUCCGAAGGAGGGCCCUAACAAUGAAAGUUUGGAUAAGGCACCAAAAAUGGAGACGUCUGUUUCCGGCACACCUCCUCCAGAAAGAAGAACAAUAAAGAUAGAAAAUCACACUAAUGGGGCAAAGGAGAAGAAAAGUGUUUUGGAAAACCAACAAAAAAUGAAUGACAAGAUGGAGACCCCUGAGAAAAACCAUCCCAAGUCAAACGGUAAUGAUGCGACUGCAAGCAAGUGUGCAGAUCCUUCACCGGUGAACUCUGUUGGCAAGGUGGUUGCUGGAACGACAGAUGCUGAGGAGGCGUCUCGUCUGCUUGCAGAACGCAGGCGUCUGGCCAGACUGCUGAAGGAACAGGAGGAGAAACAACGCAGGGAAAUGGAGGAGCAGGAAAAGCUAAAGAGUGAGCAACUCAAGAAGAGGCAGCUGGAGGAAAGAGCUCGACAGGAAGACAAGACUCGUCAAGCAGAGGAGGAGAAAUGUAGACAAGAGCAGCAACAGAAGAAGAGAGAGCAGGAGGAGAAAAAACAGAAAGAGAAGGAGCUCCAGGCCCAGAUGGAGAAAGAGAAAGAAGAGGCAGAGAUUCGUGCUCAGAAGGACGCUGAGCGUCAGCGGCAGGAGAGAGAACAUUUCAAACAGCAGGAGGAACAGGAGAGACAACAGCGAAAAAAGAGAAUAGAGGAAAUAAUGAAGAGAACCAGAAAGAGUGACGGCGAGAUGAAGAGAGAGGAUAGCCCAGAGCCCCUAUCUCCUGUCUACCACCCUGUUUCUCCACCAGGUGGUAACCAUUUGACCUCAGGUGCUGAGGUCAAAUCUCAGGAUAACAUCAUGCAGACAACCUCUGUGAAUGGCCAGACUUACAAACUGGAGAGUGAAGGGAAAAGACCAGAGAAUGGCUGUACGAAUAAACAGAUGAAGUCAUGCUCAAAUCCCUCCUUGAACGGCCAAGUAAACAUCAACCAUACUGCAGUGAAAACAGAAGAGAAAGGGAAGGUAAGUGAAGAAAAUGCCAAGACUAUUAGACAAAAGAGUGAACCGGUGAAGACCCAAAGUUUACAAGUGAAAGAAGAGGUAAAGCGAGAAGACACAUCCACAGCAACAGUGCAGGUAACCCCGCUGAAGAGCUCGCCUAAAAACACAGUAGCAAAUAUUACGAGUGUGUUGACUACAGACAGCAAACCCAAAGUUUCCACCCAAGUCAAAGUACCUGCAAAUAUGCCCACUCGCAGCUUACAGGAAAACAGCCUGACCAAUGGAAAAAGCCAAACUAUCACUCAGUUGGCCAAACAAGAGGCCAGUAACCAAGUGAAAACACCUGUAACUGUGCAAAUGAAUGGACAGGCCACAGCUCAGGGACCCAAGAAGGAUAUCACUGUGAAGAAAUCAGACAUCCCUCAUGCCAAUGGACAGGGGACCUCAACGGUAACUGUCCCACAAGCAAAGACUCUCACUCAGACUGGUGGACAUAUGAUAACACAGGUGAAAUCAAAGGAUGGAGGGAAAGACCACCCGCCCUCUUCCUUGACCCCAUUGCCAGAGUCAAAACCGCCUCUGCCUCUUAUAUAUCUGGACACUUUGGAAGGGAAGAGUGGAGCGGCAGAGGACUCUGCAGAUGAAGUGCAGUACAUGGAGGUUAGCCCCGUCUCGAAGGAGGAGUUAAUCUCCAUCCCAGAAUUUUCCCCACUGAACUCUCCCCAGCAGAAUGGAAUGAGUAACAUGCGUGCUCUAGAGGACCUGUUGGAUCUGACGGGGCAAUUAGCUUAUCCCAGACUGUCUCCUGCUGCCAGCCUGGGCGACUUCAACAAGAAUCUAAUAGAAGGGGUCUGUAGCCCUGGAUCUGACUCUAAACUCAUCCCUAACAACCCUUCAGCCUCUGACAAACACCAUGUACAAUAAG